AUAAAUAGUAAACCCCAUGUUUGUGUGUUGUCGUCUUUUGUCAAUUGGCAAGCGGCUAUAAAAUGUCCAUUACCGCUACCUUCUGAAUUGGAGUGGGGAUCAGAAACUGACCUACUUUAUAAUCUACCUUUUACAGAACAUGUCUCAGUCUAAUCGUGAAAGACUAAAUCUUAUCGUCUCCCGAUUACCGUACCGUACCUUCCAACACAUUUCUCCUUUGUUGAUACCGCCUACACUUAGUUCAAACAUGACUAAUAGUUAAUAGGUCAUGUUUGUUUUUAAAGUAUUCGUUUAUUAUUCGGGGAAGUUGAAGCAACGGCUGAGCAACUGUUCAAAUUAGGCCUGGGCGAGAGCGGAUUGGUUGGAUAAACUAUACGCAUGCGCAAUAUAGGACAUUCCCUGCUAUCGAAAGUAUUAAACUGCUAUUAAACAAACAAAACAAUGUAUCACUAAUCCAUCACAGACACAUGUUUUGUGGUGUUUUAGGUCGAUAAGAGAUGGAACACUACAAUGAAAAUAAUUAUUGGAAUUUCUUUACAGUCAUGAACGCGUCAUGAAACUACCCCGGAAAUGAAGGCGCUGUUGUUUGGACACGGAAAGAAAACUCCGGAAGACGUCUUGGUGGCUUCUCAUCUCCAGCAUGGACACGCUUGAGGAGGACUUGACGUGUUCCGUGUGUUACUCCCUGUUUUCCGACCCGCGUGUCCUCCCGUGCUCGCACACCUUCUGCAAGGGCUGCCUGGACAAUGUGCUCCAGGCGUCGGUCAACUACUCCGUCUGGCGUACGCUCCACCAUCCGCUGAAAUGCCCCAUCUGUCGCAGUGUGGUGGAGCUGACGAACGUGGACACGCUUCCCACCAACGUGCCUCUGCAGGCCAUCAUCGAGAAGUACCAGAGGGAGAGCGAGCCCAGACGCCCCUUGUGUCCGGAGCACUUCAGGCAGCCCCUCAACAUGUACUGCACGCAGGACCGCCAGCUCAUCUGUGGCUUGUGUCUGACUGUGGGUCGGCACCAGGGCCACGUCAUUGAUGACCUGCAGGCGGCGUUCAACAGAGAGAAGCAGACCCCCUCCCUCCUGCUGGCCCGACUCUCUGAGAAGAGAUGGACAACGAUGUGUGAGCUUGGUGAGCAGCUGGAGCAGGAGAAAGCUCGUUGCGAGAGUCUGGUGAAGAAGGACCAACAGGAAGUCGUUCAGUUCUUUCACAAGCUGGACGCGGUGCUGGCCAGGAAGAGACAAGCCUACCAAGAAGUUCUGGAUAAAGCCUCGGCCGAGGUGUCCCGGGCCUACGACCCUCUGCUCCUUAGGGUCAAGGAGCUCCAGGAGGAACAUCUGGACCUGGUGUCCUUGGCCUCGUCUGUCGAGGAGGAGGAUUCGCCACUGGUCUUCUUGGAGAAGGUGCAUUUCUUCAGAGAGCGAGUGGACAAGUUCACCAACGCCAGUCUGCCCUCCGCCCUAAACCUCUCGGUCACGCCUCGUGCGGCCGAGUACCUGCAGCAGCACUGGCCCGCCGUCACUCUGGGUGGUCUGGAUGAGGCGCCCGUCCCCAAGGUGUGCUGCUGCGCACGAUGUGGCAGCGUGGCUGCCGAGGCUCCCAAGGCCCCGUCUGUAGGCUCGGUGCAAGAUUCGCGGUUUAAAGCGGUAUUGGUGAUGUUGCUUCUUGUCCUGGUGGCAUCGCUCGGUGUCGCUCAGUUCCAUCAGGGCUUGUGCAGUGAGUUCCUCCCAUCCUUCUGGGCCUGGGUGGAAUCACCUUACAUGGGGAUGCAGGCCUUUGUGCAAACAUGGUGCUGUCACGUCUCCUCUGUGGGAGAACUGUUCCUUAAGCAGAUGACCACCUUCCUCUCAAAUCUCACAUCACCCAUGGACCUCAGUGUUUUAUUUACAAGUUGACCUAUACGCCCUCCCGCCUGCAUGUUAGGGAUGUCCCGAUUCAGUAUUCAGCAUUGGGUACUGAGCCGCUGUCGGAUAAUAUCGGCUUCUGCAACAAUCCGGUUGCCUAUCACGUUUGUAAAUCUGGGCUACGCACCAACAUGCUAGGUGCUAAUGCGUCUCCCUCGCCACCCGCAGUUAGUUUCACUUUGGGUGUUGGAUAGCUACAGCGGUAGUUCCCCCUCACUGUGCUCAGACUGCUGUGUCGUGGUGCGGUGAGCUUGCACAUUUCGACUUUGGACCGUCAAUAAAUUACAUUGACGAGUGUCACAGAUGCCCAAAAUAUUACGGGAUUGCACCAUGAACUAAAGGACAGAAGCCGGAGCUCCAGGAGGUAUGUUAAUUCUUAGCCUGCUCCUCUCUUUACUGACCCCUGUCAUGUGACCCCAAUAUGCACAACGCUUCCGGCCUUUAAUAUAACAAGCAAAAAAUAGUAUUAUGGGUUUGUUAAAAACAAUGUCAUUCUAUAUCAUACCGCAAAUUGGUCUAGAAACACUUUAAGUACUCUGAAAGUAUUUGUAUCUUUUAUUAGAUGGUCUUUUACAGGAAAAGGGACCUAUGGAUCAUACUGUGUAAUGAAGUAAAUUCAGAAAUACUCUGGUUGCAUUAUUUUUAAUUCUUUGAAGAGCUAUUUUCAUAACCAUAUUCAAAUUCAUGUUGGUAACAAAAGCUUAUUAAAAUAUAUAAAAAUUGGUACCUGAUCAACAAGAUUUUAAAAUAACAUUGGAAGCCAAAAAAUAUGGAUCUGGACAUCUCUACUGCAUUUCCAGCACGUAUUAUCAUACAGUAUGUACACUCUUUAGCACAAUGUCAAUAUGUAUGCUUUUUUUUUUUUAAAUGGUCCGUGUUUAUUUUUCAAAUGUAAUUAAAUGUUGCAAAUACAAACCAAUAAAGUUUUUACAUUCACGUAACCUAUGACUUUUGGAG